AUGGAAGGGUGGAAAUAUGAGCUAUUUGACUGUGGUCGAAAUCCUUUUAUGUUUAUAUGGUCUAUUUGUAUGCCGUGUGGAUAUCACUGCAUGCAAACGUGUGACGCCAAACAUGCUGAGCCUGAGAAUCGAUUUGCUGGACUAAGGGCUUAUUCUUUGGUUUUAUUUUUAGGUCCUAUUGGUGCAUCAAUAAACCGUUAUAUGCUCAGAAAGACUCUAAAGAUUAAAGAUAACCCAAUAAUGGACCUCUCUCAUUUUUGUAUUCCGUGUUGUGCUGUGACUCAAGAAUGGAUGCAAGUAAUGCAGUCAAUGAAAGGAAAUGAAGAGCUCAAAAUAACACAGCUUAAAUCCAUAAGGUAUUAG